AUGCUCUUGUCAUUAAAGGCACACAAAGCACUACCAGCAAUCUUUCUAGCUUGCGGUCUUGUGGCUGGGCAAGAGAGCAGUAACUUGACCUUCGAUGUACUGGACUACGUUAAUCCCCUGAUAGGUACCUCCAAUGGAGGUCAUUCAUUUGCAGGGGCAACUCUACCCUUUGGAAUGGCAAAAGCGGUAGCAGAUACAAUUGGUGAAAACCAAGCCGGUUUCGCCUAUGACACGACAUACGUCUCGGGAUUCUCCCACAUGCAUGACGAUGGAACCGGUGGCUCACCAUCUCUGGGCAAUUUCCCCAUUUUUGUGCACCCAGAAUGUCCAAAUGAUGCACUCGACAAGUGUACAUGGCAACAGGCCGAUCGUGCGAUUCCUUGGACGAAAGGCUCCCCAAAAGCGCGCCCUGGUUACUUUAGUAUUACGCUUCAAAGUGGUGUAUUUGCAGAGAUGACUGUCACAAACCAUUCAGCUUUGUAUCGGUUCACCUUCGAAAACACGACCGAGUCGCUCAGUCCUGUGGUUCUCGUUGAUCUCAUGGAUCUCCCACAGUCGCGCACUAAUGGAACAGCAUCAGUGAAUCCAUCAACGGGUCGCUUGACAGGAAAUGGUACCUUCAGCCCCAGCUUUGGUAUCGGAACUUACGAUCUCCACUUUUGCGUAGAUUUCAAAGGUGGUGUCGUUCGAGACACGGGUGUAUGGUCCAACAAUCGCGCCGGUCAAGGACAGACAACCGUAUCACUCACAUCUGAUGGGAGCAACACCGCCGCGACCCUCUCUGCUGGCACAUUUGCCCGAUUCAAUAUGUCAACGGAUGACCAAGCACUAAUGGCAAGAGUAGGUGUGAGCUUCAUCAGCGUAGAACAGGCCUGCUCCAACGCUGAAAAGGAGCAGCCGAAUUUUGACUUCGCUGGAACAGUGAACGCGGCAGAGGACGCAUGGAGGGACAAACUGAAUGUCUUUAGUGUUAACCCGGGAAAUGUCUCAUCCGAUCUACAGCAAGUAUUCUGGAGCGGCAUGUAUCGUACAAUGAUAAGCCCGCAGGACUAUACAGGAGAAAACCCACUCUGGCAGAGUGACGAGCCGUAUUAUGACAGCUAUUACUGUAUAUGGGACUCCUUCCGCGGCGUUCAUCAGCUUCUGACGCUAGCCGAUCCGCUGUCUCAAUCUCGAAUGAUGAGAAGCCUGGUGGACAUCUACCGCCACGAAGGCUACCUACCAGACUGCCGAAUGUCAUUAUGUAAGGGAUAUACGCAGGGAGGGUCAAAUGCGGAUGUUCUUCUCGCCGAAGCUCUCUUGAAGAAUGUCAGCGAUAUUGAUUGGGCUACUGCGUAUGAAGCUGUUGUGAAAGAUGCGGAGGUUGAGCCCGCGAACUGGAAUGUCGAGGGUCGCGGUGGACUAACUAGCUGGAAAACACUCAACUAUAUUCCAACCGACGAUUUCGAUCCAUAUGGUGUUGGGCUGCAUACACGCAGUAUCUCCAGGACUGUCGAAUAUGCGUACGAUGACUUUUGUAUUGCACAGAUGGCCCAGCGUCUGGGUCAUCAGAGUGACUACGAAACGUACAUGCUGCGUGCCAACAACUGGCAGAACAUGUUCAAGGAUGAUCAAAAAUCUUACCUGCAGGGGAAGGACACUAACUUCACAGGGUUCCUACAGCCUCGAUACCCCAACGGGACUUGGGGCUAUCAAGAUCCCAUCUUCUGCAGUCCCUUAUUGAAUUUCACAUCUUGUUACUUGAGUGCGGAUGGGCACGAGACUUAUGAGGGAAGUUCUUGGCUCUAUUCAUUCUUUGUACCCCAAGACAUGGCUGCAUUAGUCACACGAUUAGGCGGACCGCAGACCUUCACAUCUCGCCUUUCUUAUCUACAUGACUCUGGUCUCCUUUACGUUGGUGACGAGCAGGCCUUCCUCACCGUAUUCCAAUUUCAUUACUCCGGACGGCCCGCGCUAUCGACUCAGCGUGCUCACUACUACAUCCCCUCCCAAUUCAACACCUCUGUCUCUGGUAUUCCCGGCAACGACGAUGGGGGAGCCAUGGGCGCGUUCGCGGUCCUUAGCAUGAUGGGUCUGUUCCCAGUCCAUGGUCAAGACGUGUACCUCAUUAGCCCGCCGUUCUUUGAGGAGAUCAGCAUACAAAACAAGCAGACUGGAAAGCUCGCCACGAUACGAAAUGUCAACUUCGACCCUACGUAUCAGUCGAUCUAUAUCCAGAGCGCCAAACGGGACGGCCAAGCAUGGACGAAGAAUUGGAUCAGCCAUGACUUUUUCCUUAAUGGAGGGACCCUCGAGCUUGAGCUAGGCCCUACUGAGAGUGACUGGGGAACUCGGGACGAGGAUUUGCCCCCGAGCAUGAGCAAUUACUGAUCGCUUAGAUGCCUCUAUUCCUCGUCCCUAGCUACCGUACGUGCCUUUGGGCUUUUUUGCAACCUUUUCUGGAUCGGGCACACGGGUCAUAAUGUGGAUAUUGCCUGAAU